CCAAUAAUCCCCUCAACACUUCAGAAUGUGCAGCUUGAACACCGAGGGCACACAGCACGGCUGUGGUCACUAUAUCAUCACCAAGAAGAUUGACAAGCAAGACUGCAAUUCAAAGUUCUGUAUCAACUCUCGUCUGCACGCUCCCAACUGCCCUCACUGCCCAAAUUGCAAGCGCUACUUUGACCCCGACUACCAGGAGACCAUUACCCAACGAACAAACGACUUUUGCAGCGCUUGCAAUUACUGGUUCAACGGUGCCGGAAAGCAGCAGCAGCAACAGCCAUCCCAGCAACGUCGCUGACCAUCCCCGGAUCAUGAGCAAAACCAUUACCCCGUUGUCAUCGUCGCCUGCUCCUCCCCGUGUCGCUCUGCAUUUUGCAUUCGCUUUCAUCCAUCAUCGCAUGUUGCCCAGCACCCUUAAUAUCUUCGACUUAUCCACCUUAAUAUUCCAACGAUAUCGCCAACGUCUACCCUACAAUCUCACCUAGUCCCCCUCAUCUGCAUCAUCCAUCAUCGUUCCUGCUUUUUUGCAAUGCUUCCUCGUGUAUCUUGUGUAUCACCAGCAUCGCCAGUUUUUUUUAUCUAUCAGCACUUUCCACCAUCACAUUCGCAUACCUCCUACAGCUUCCGCCCCAAUCCCGCAUCCCCCACACUUCCUCGAGGCAUGGUUCCCUUUGAAGAAGAGCCAACGACCCCCCAUCGUCAGCAUUAAUUUCUCAGAUGGUUGUAUCAUUACCUUAGAUGUAUCAACAUCCGACGAAGUAGCAUACCAUGUUUAAGGACUUGUAUAUUCUACCGUUAAACAAUGUAAGUAGUUGACGGCUCAAAGCCCAUCAAACCCGGAAAAAUCUAAAUAUAACAAACAUCAU